UACUUAAAAUUUCCGGUAAUUUCAAGAUGCAGAAAUACUUCAUAAUUUCUCAUUAAAAAAUCUCAUUUUUUUCCCAGAGCAGUUCUUUAAUUUUCAAACAAAUAAAGAGGCAUGAGCUACGUGCUCCAUCGGGUAGAUUUAAUUCGCAUUCUUCUUGCCGAGCACUUGCCACUGAUUUGCGACCCUUUUUCGACCGCAGCGAACAUUCCGAAAAGCUAUGAGAACUUAGAAAUUACAGACCUCUUCGAGUGAACCUAACGUAUAUACAUAUAUAUUCUUCAGCGUCCUUAGCGAGGAUUCUUCUAGCGAGUUUCUACUAGAACUGCUUGAAAAUUUUUACACUUGACUUUUUAGAAAAUAACGAAACGUGUAUCACAAAGUUAAAAAUACAGGAUCAACCAAACAUGAUGUUUCUACUUGGAACUUUUACAAAUUCCGAAAAGUAAGAAGAAAUCUUAGAAAAUAAAUAAUCAGGUAAUUCGUAGCAGGCUUAAUUCAUGUUUCAUAUUUUUCUCUUUCUUUUUCAACUGUAAUUUAUUUUUAAAAAUAAACAAUCAUAAAGAUUGAUAUAUCCAUGUAGAUAUAAUCCAUCGCUUUUUCUCUUAUUUUCGUCAUUUUGCAUACCGAAAUUUCGAGGACUAAUUAUUAAAAAGAUUCUUCUAGAUCCUUUAUCCCUUCUCUUAAUUAAUUUUUCAAUGUCCAGCAAUCUUUCAGGCAAUUCUCUAAGAGAACAUUUUCUCUUUUUCGACCCCUUGUAACUACAUUGCUUACCAGGCAGCUUUCGAGGCCUUGUUGCGCAGUAGCGUCGAAAGUUGGUUUCUCUUCGAGGAGACGAUCAUCCAAGAAUGGGUUCUGUUACACGCUUUGUUUGUUCCUUCCCUAAAAACGUCGGUUCGGCCCGGCGACCGUUUAAUUUUCCUUCGACGCUUCACGCGAUGUCGGCAAUUUCCGAAAGGGUCGUUAACACGGAUCGUCAAUCCUCCUUUGUGCUCGUCGCCAAUAGAAAGGGGUUACCAUCUUCUUAUCGCAAGCAACUAACGCGACACCCUUUCGGAUCUAUCAAGGGAGACAGAUAUGAGGACGCAUACGGGAUUCCAACAGAAAUAGCAGACUUAGCCAUUUUCGAAGGUUCAAAUCAUCGUGGUAUUUUCUAUCUCCCUUUCUCUCUUUUCUCUUUUUCCUUAUCUCUCUCUGUCUCUCUCUCUCUCUCUCUCUCUCUCUCUCUCUCUCUCUCUCUCUUUCGCUUCGAUAUCGAAAGAACGACAGGAGGAAAGGGGGCAGGGCGACUAAUUGGAAAGCCGACGCGGGGAUUAAAGAUUUCCCGGACCCGCCCUUUUCUCUCGCAGCGGCGGUGGCGCUUAACUGAAAUUACGUCAACUGGCGAGUGCGGUUGCACAUUAUCGACCGACGUAAUUGGCGCACAUAGUCUUCCCUCUUCCGCUGUAAUGACCGGGUGAUUUAAUCAUUUACUGCACCGGCGAGAGUCACCAAGAUGCUAACACGUUAACAGAGGGAAAACCCGCUGCAAAUCAUCGUCGCGAAAAUCGAGCACAACGUCGUCGCUGCGGUAUACUCGCCGUCUCGUCGUUAUGUCCCAGCAUCGUUAACACUGAAGACAGUCUUGUGAUAAAUUUCCGGCACAUAGCGAAAUAAAUUGCAUCGUGGAUCAUCAGAACCGUACGUACGAAAGGACUCUGACAUCCCACAAAAAAAAUCUACACCUCAAAGUCCAGGGAGUCUCGGAGCAGAAAAUUGCAGAAAAUGAAAACUGCGAGAAAGUCUGAGAUAGGGAUGGAAGCGUACGAGGCGAGUAACCGGCGUUUAUCGGCCAGGUGUUGACUCCGCCUUUGUCGAAAACGAUGAAAAAAGCUGCGGACCCGCUCUAACGAAUGCGGACCAUGAUACAUUAUUUAACCAGAUGAUGAAUAGCGAACACUGAAGACGGAAAAUACACUUCAGCCGUAAUGGAGGCUCACGUCGAUCAAGCCGCGAACGCAACUGUGGAAAAUCCAGUCUUCAUCGAUGUACCGAUCAUCUUGAGAGCUAUCGUGCUCUGUCUCCUUAUACUCAUCACUAUCGUAGGGAAUCUGUUCGUGAUAGCGGCUAUCCUAUUAGAGCGAAACUUGCAAUCCGUAGCAAAUUAUUUAAUUGUCAGUUUAGCUGUCGCGGAUCUUAUGGUCGCCUGCCUCGUUAUGCCUCUCGGAGCUGUUUAUGAGAUAAACUCGGCGUGGUCACUCGGUCCGGAGCUCUGCGACAUGUGGACCAGCAGCGACGUUCUGUGCUGCACAGCUUCGAUAUUGCAUCUGGUGGCUAUCGCGGUCGACAGAUAUUGGGCAGUCACCGAUAUCAAUUAUAUACAGGCAAGGAAUCCGAGAAGAAUCGGCACAAUGAUCGUCACCGUGUGGGUGGUAUCCUUAGGAAUCUCAUUAGCGCCUCAGCUCGGGUGGAAGGAUCCUGAUUAUUUGGUCCGCAUAGCCCAAGGGACGUGUCUCGUGUCGCAAGAUCCUGCAUAUCAGAUCUUCGCAACUUGCGCAACGUUUUAUCUUCCACUACUAGUUAUUUUAUUCUUGUAUUGGAGGAUAUUCCAAGCUGCUCGUAAGAGGAUCAGGAAGAGGCCCGGCACCAUUCUUCAGCCGCCGCGUGAACGAAGGGGCAUCCUCAGGCUUGUCACGAGAAGGCCCCGCGAGGAGUCGACGGCAUUUACCAUCACGAGAACCACCCCGGACCACUCGUCCAUCUCGCCGGAGAAGUCGUCGUCGUACAACGGCGCGAAUGCCACACCGUCAACGACGGUGACGCCGACGGCGGUUUCGACGACGACAACGACCACCACCACGACGACGUUGACGAAUCCGACCAGCACGAGCCAGCAGCAGCCGGUGGUCAAGUGUACGAAGCGUACACGCGAGACGAUCGAGUCGAAGCGCGAGCGUAAGGCGGCGAAGACCCUGGCGAUCAUCACGGGUGCCUUCGUCGCCUGCUGGCUACCGUUCUUCUUCGCCGCGCUGCUGCAAGCCACAUGCCGAACCUGCCAGCCACCAGAAAUCGUGUCCAGUGUAUUCCUGUGGCUCGGCUACUUCAACAGCACCCUCAACCCCGUUAUUUAUACUGUGUUCUCGCCGGAAUUUCGGCAGGCAUUCAAAAGGAUGCUGUGCGGUGGUACGCGGGGACUUCGCUGACAGUGGAUUUAAUUCCUUUGCUCCGUGCGCGCGGCCGGAUGAAGAGGAUACGUGAAACUCUUGUACAUAUAUGCAAUAUAUACAUAUAUAUUGCAGCCGCUUGCUACCCAGCGUUUUCCUCGGUGUUGUGUAAUAUAUCUGGAUGCCCAACUCUGAAUAUUGUUACAUUUAAGUGGAUUCACUUGCGCGGUUACUUGCGAUUUUAGGUGCGAGAGUGAGAGAAAUCAGCAAUUUUAAUAUUACAUUUAUUUUUAAAUACUUUCUCAAAUAAUUCUCAAAAAAGUUGAGGAUGUCUCAUUUUCUAGUGCAAUUAUUAUCUCCGUCUUGUUAAUAUAUCCUCUGUUUUUAUUAAUGAUGUAAUAUCUUCAUCAAUUUUAGGAUAUAUUGUUCAAAUCGUCUAUCCUUGUACCAAGAUCGAUUCUGCCAGCAUUAAGACACGACGGACAGUGUCCAACACAAUAUUGCUUUUUCCCUUUGCAGCUAUUCCAGAGAAUCAAGCCGCGCGCCGUUAUUCUCGUAGAUACUGUUAAUGAGCAUGACUCGUUCUCGUAAACAAAGCUAACCGAAAUUCCACCGAAAUUCGCGAUUGACGUUAAUUACAGUUAACGUUAAUCGACGACGGCGGAGAACGAUUCUAUCUUAGAAUAUUUUUGCGAAACACUUCCCUAAAUCGUCCGAAAAAUCAAACGAACGACAAUGCGACAUUAUUCGCGAUUUUUUUUAAGCGGGCGAAAAUAUUGCAUUGCACUAAACGGAUAUCGCUAUUUAUGAAUUUAAUUCGCCAGAAUCGAAAUUGGAGCACAUUUUAACGCGUAAACUGGACGACACGCUUAGUGAGAAGAACUCUUGUCGCUCAAGAAAUAUAAAUUUAAGCUAUGAUUAUACAUUUUUUUAUUAUACCUACUUAUUAUAAUGUAAAGAUGUGGAUAAGCGAAGAGCCAUAUGAGUAUCUAAGUAAUAUAGAUGCUUAAAAUUCACAAUCUCUAAUAUUUUAUUUAAACAAGAGAAAUGUGGACGAAAACGUGGAUGGCUCUAUUAAAAGUUUCAGUUUGGUACCCAUAGCAUUUAACCAUAAUGUACGUACAUAGUUGACAUAAUCGAAGUGAACGAAACACAUCUCGUGUUUUGUCGUCCAGUGAAAAUUCCUUGAGAUGUGCUCUGAUAAUGCGAAAAGAAAAUCGCGAGAGGUACUCUUGCUGAAUCAUAAUUGUACAGUAUUGUGUAUAAGCGCGCGAUAAUGCUUAGCGAUCAUACUUCCGAGCAUUACUGUUAAAAUAUAGCUAUGUAUAAAAAUUUUCAAUCUUGGCUUGUCUCCAAAGUACAUACGUAAUGACAAGUCUGAAUGUACAUUAAUUGAAACCGCGACGAAACGAAUACAUUACGAAUAGGUGAUGCGACAGGAUGGAUUCGCGCCGAUCUGUCGCGAUCGUGUAUAAAAAUCUCACGUUUAAAUAAGAACGCAACCUCAAGCUCGACUCAUGAUGCUAGAUACAUCUUACGCUUUUCACUUGAUUCGGAAGUUAGAGAAGUACUCUUUGGGAAAUUUCUCAAGUGCAAAAGAUUUCUCGCCGCCUUACGAAGGUUUGCUUGCGCAACUUUUCUCGUACAGAGUUUUUUAAUAAAGAAACUAAAUAAGAUAUCCCCCACACAAGUAACAGAAUUGAAUAGAAAGGUCGCAAUAUUAUCUUUAACGAUGUCAGAUUUAUUUUCACGAAUUACGCGUAAUGUAAAGUAUAUAGAUAAUAACCAUUAAUGAGAAACGAUUGAAUAAAUAUAAUAAGCGUAAUAAGUACGAAGGAGAGGAGAACGUCGCAGUAAAAUAUCGCAAUCUAAGCUUACAUCGUGGAUGCAAUGUUAGAAUCAAAAAAUAAUUUCACAUUAAUUAUCCCUGUCUAAAUUAUAUGAUAUAUUACAUAUUGAAAAUGUAAUUUUAGCCUUGCCAUUCAAUUCUGCGUCUUAUAACCGAAACGUAAGCCUUUGAAUUUACGUAAUAGUGUAGGAUAACAUCCAAUACUAUAAUAUUACUACAUAACAUGGCGGAUGAUGUUUAAUUUACAGAGCAACGACUGAUCGAAAUCUGCGUACGCAUAUGAAAUGAAUAGGAAUUGAAAAGCGACACACACUUUUCGUUUGUAAUGUCUAUAUACUUCGAAAUGCCGAAAGUGCACAUGCGUUCAUUUCGUUUCUACGUCAACUUACGAGCCACUAGACGCUCGCUACUUAGGAGUAAACAUAGUUCUAGACUAUUUAUAAUCUAAUGUAUUAGGCAGAUUGUGAUAAACGGCGACAAUAGCUUUCUCGUCGUCAGAAAUGACAAGAUUUUAUUUCAUCCAAUUUCCAAAUAAUACGAAAUGGACGCUUUCUCGAUCGCUUAGGGAAAUUAUAAUAAAUAAGAAUACAAAAGACAUAUUUAAAUUUACUUUUUAUUCGUAUAUAACAUUUACUGAACGUAAAUAUAGAAUUUAAAAAAGAAAAAAUUACUAAUUAAUAGAUGUCCUUUCUUUUAUCAACUCAAACUGCUUAAAAUUGAAAUUUGUGGUUAAAUUCUUCUCAUUUCUGACGACCAUUGUUGCUGAAAUGACGGCAAUAUCGGAUACGCUUGCGCUAUCUAAUUAUGUCACUGGUCGUCGUUUUACUCACACGACAUGACUAAUAAAAUAUAACAUUUUCUUCACGUUCAUUUUUUAUGUAAGUCUCCAUCAAGUAAGGCGGAAAAGUAAGACGUUGUCUGCCGAACAUUUUUAGCAAUUUCUAGGGGAGAUUGGAAAGUCAUCGUGGCAUUGCGAUAGCUCAAAAAACAAGAAAAUAUUAUUUUAUGAUUAUAUUAUUAUUAUUAUUUAGGAUUAAAUUUACCGCGAAAGAUUAUAAAAGAGUAAAUUUUUGUCAGGCAAGCGUUUAAUUUUGCAGAUCUAAAUACUAGUUAAAAGACAGGAAACUCUGAUAAAGGAUCAAUAGCGCUGCUCGGUGUACCGGACAAACAAUGUUUGAUGUGGUUAACACUCAUUAAUAACGUUCUGUCAAAGUGUCACAACAAAAUUGAUCGGGAGCAAUUUGCGUUUGUGAAAUGCAAAAUAAGCUUUGGCGAUAUACGCGGUAAAAUGUUCAGUGGAUAACGGGAUACCGGGUAGAUCAUGUACGCUUGUAAAUCAACAAACAAUCGUAUCAUCGAUUGUUUGUCUUCUCGCAAAUAUUGCCUCGUGCAGGAGAUACAGGCCAGGAAGACGUUAAUGAAAUUACGAAGCACGUUUAGACGAGAGAGCGUUUGCGGCAAAGCAUCGAGAUGAGGUGGAUGGUAAUCGGAAAGAUAAAUAUUAUCCAGCGAAUUAAGUCUAUAAGACCACGUAAUCAUCCAGACGAUAACUUGUUGAUAUAAAUGCCAGGUAUGUUCAUUUGAAGUAUUAUGGAAGCAAAGUAUUAUCGAGGAAAGUGAAUAAGAGAGAAAAGAAAGGAAGUGAGAGAAAGCAGAGCAAUAAAAAAGAAUGAGAGAUGGGAAGAGAGCGCGGAUGACACCAUGUAUUUACAACGAUGCUGUGUAUUUGUCUUUGCAAUCAUAAACUGAAAUAAAUCACGGAAAAGUUUGGAGAAA